AGGCGACGGUAUUUUUAGUCUAUCUUGCAUUUUGUGGCUUCUCAUUCGUUGGUUAUUCGAGAGAUAAACGCAACUUAUGAAUCAAAUUGCCUUUAAAUAAUAUACAUUGAAUUUGAAUAGACAUAUCAUCUAGAGAAUUCGUGUCAUUCCCGUGCUUUCCGUGCCAUCGAAAUUUUUUGAGUCAGUGCAAAAUGAGUGCUGCUGCGAAACCACCAAUUUCGACGCAUAUACUGGAUACAUCCAGAGGUCAACCAGCAGCUGGUGUAAAUGUUUCACUCUAUCGAUUAAUCGAUGGAAAUUGGGUUCUGAUCACGGAAUCGGUCACAAAUUCCGAUGGACGCUGUGCAGAUCUACUACUUCGGACCGCAUUCCAAAGUGGACGCUACAAACUCUAUUUUGACGUUGAGAAAUAUUUUAAAAGCAUUCGUUCCUCAACUAUGUAUCCAUUCGUUGAGAUAACAUUCGAUUGCUUGGAGCAAGAAAGUCACUAUCACAUACCGCUACUUUUGAACCCAUAUGGUUAUACUACAUACAGAGGAUCUUGAUUCAACUGAAAUGACUGCUAUUUUUUUCUUUUGUUGUUGUUGUUUCUUUAUUUGAUCAAUACAGACAACGUUUAAUAACUAUUUAAAUAAUAAAAGUUGUUUGUCAAAAAAAAUAUA